AUGGUCCUCUUGAAGAAUGUCAAAAACUUUACCAAACAUUAUGAUAUCAUUGUCAUUGGUGCCGGAGCUGGUUUAGGUAAACUCGGACGACCAGCCACAGAAUAUGGCUACUCGGUAGCACUUUGCGAAAAUGACAAGUUGGGAGGAACAUGUUUGAAUCGUGGUUGUAUUCCAUCGAAAAUGUUGAUUCAUCCGGCUGAUGUGGUUCAAACCAUUGAAUCGGCUCAUCGUUUUGAAGUGGAUGUGAAAAAGAAGGAAACGAGUGGUGAUUUGGAUUACGACAUUCGAUUCUCGGAAUUGGUAGCUCGUGUAUCAAAGACCAUUGAUGAUGAAAGCGAUUCCAUUCUUCCCAAUGUUGAAAAGAAUCAAAAAUUGGAUUGGUUUGUUGGACAAACAGCGAGAUUUAUUGGCGAGAGAACCUUACAAGUGGGCUCUCCUGAUGAUAAUGUGGUCAUUACUGCCGAUCGAGUAUUUGUGGCAGCAGGUGCAAGAGCUGUUGAUUUGUCAGAUCAAAUCGAAGGUCUAGCUUCCACUCCAUACAUGACCUACAGAGAAGCUCUCAGAAAUCAGCAACGAUUUAAGAGAUUAAUUUGUAUUGGAGCUGGAUAUAUUGCCACCGAGUUGUGUCACUUCUUUUCAAGUACUGGAACUCACACCACGUUAUUUGUGAGAUCUAAAUUUUUGAAAUAUGAAGAUGAAGAAGUUCAAAAGGAAUUUGAACGAGUGUUUGUGAAGAGGAAAAAUAUUGAAGUGAAACAGGGAAUGAAACCUAUCAGAGUGAGAUAUGAAAAUAAUGAAUUUAUUUUGACCUAUUUGAACCCUCAUUUAGAUACUGCACAGGAACAAGAAAUUCGUGCUGAUGCUUUGUUAGUUGCUGCCGGAGUUAAACCUAACACAGAUAUUUUGCAAUGUGAAAAGGCUGGAAUUAAACUCACCAAAGAUGGAUUCGUAGAGGUCGACAAGUAUUUGAGAUCUGUUAGUGCACCCAACGUAUGGGCCUUGGGUGACAUUGCAGGAAACUAUCUCUUCCGUCACAAUGCUAACUUUGAAUCCGAAUAUCUCAUGGAAACAGUCAUUUCCAAGAUGAGUGAACCUUAUCCUAUCGAUCACACAGGUAUGCCACACGCUGUUUUUGCAAAUCCUCAAAUUGCUGGUGUUGGCUUAACUGAACAAGAAUGUCGCGAAAAAGGUUUGAAUUUUGUUUCAGUCAAGAACAAUUAUUCAGCCUCAGCCAUGGGUAUGGCCUUAUUGAGCGAUGAGGGAUUUGUGAAACUCAUUGUCGAACGUGGAACUAGAAGAAUUCUGGGAUGUCACAUUAUUGGUCAUGAAGCAAGUACUCUUGUACAUCAAGUUGGAGUUUUGUUUAGAAUUGAAGGAGGAGCCAAACUCGACGACUUGUUGAAUUGCAUUUACAUUCAUCCUGCCUUGAAUGAAAUUGUUCGAAAUGCAGCAAGAAAAGCCAAACAAGCAUUAUUGAACGCAGGAGAUACCAUUCCACCUAGUUUAUAUUUCAAGUAA